GGAGGGGAUCCGUUCAGCCACGCAGCGGAUUCGCACGGUGCAGACGCCGGCGCCGAUCGCGACUGCCGCCACAGACGCGACGCAUCCGCAACAUGGACUUUACAGAGAUCUACAAGCAGACAGGGCAGCUGGUGUCCUUCUCGCCCGGCGCCCACUUCCUCCUCACCGCCAUCCAAGACCGCCUCGUCGUCCGCCGCACCGACUCCUUCCACAUCACCCGCUCCUGGCAGCUCCACCCCGACCCCUCCCCCACCGCGUCUGCCGUUUCCCAGCCGCCCAGCAAGUCCUCCCGUCUCACGACCUCCAGGAGACCUCCCGCUCGCGCUCCUCCGGAUGGAGGCGCAGGCAGCUCGGUCGACAGAGACGGCUGGAUCACGCACGCAGGCUGGUCCUGCGACUCCGAGUACAUCCUUGCUGCGUGUGCACGCAAAGGCGUCGUCGACGUCUUCAAGAUGCGCGACGAAGAAUGGCGCGCGCGCAUAGAGGCGGGCGCGGAAGGCCUUGUCAAAGCCGAAUGGGCCCCCGACGGGCGAAGCAUCGUCUGCUGGAGUGAGUGGGGGCUACGAGUGACCGUCUGGAGUUUGGUUACAGACUCCGCGACGUACAUCCAGUACCCAGCACAUCCCGAACGAGGGUACGCCUUCCGCUCCGAUGGGCACUAUCUCAUCCUGGCAGAACGCCAUAAAUCCAAGGACGCCAUGGGAGUGUACGAUGCCACCUCCACAUACCGCAUGGUCAGGCACUUUCCGCUCCCGACUGCGCUCUUCGCUGCCCUCAGCCUCUCACCGACCGGGAAUCACGUCGCCGUCUGGGAGGGCCCGCUCGAGCACAAAAUCUACAUCUUGAGUUUGGCAGGCGAGCUGCUGGGAACGUUCACGCCUGAGAAGGACCCUACCUUUGGGGUGCGUGCGGUCGCGUGGCAUCCAGUUGGGCUGUUCCUUGUUGUGCUAGGGUGGGACGACAAGGUAUACGUGUUAGAAAACCUGACAUGGGGCCCUGUCGCCACAUUCGAGCUGCAGAGCCGAAUACCGACGGGCACGACAAUCUGGCGCGAGCCACUCGAGUGGCUCGAGGCCACGGGCGGGCGUGGCUUCCUCUCCUACGAACGCGUGCAGGCUCCUCAUACAUUGACUCUGACACCACGCGACCGCACAAAACCUCCAUCAGAGCUGUCUGCAGCCACCAAGUCGUCCUGCGAACAUCUCGCCUGGAACAUCGACGGCACGACCCUUAUGGUGCGCUACGGCGGCGCGCCCGAGGCAAUCUGGCUCUACGUCUUCCCUAGCUUCGCCCGGCCGCCAGACAGCCGCUCUGCGCCCCCCGCCGUGAUGAAGCCAAAGCUCAGGAGCGUGCUGCUGCAUGCAAGUGCCGUGACCAGUGCGGUUUGGAACCCCGUCCGGAAGGCUUCCCUCGUGUGUGCGACGGGCGGCGGGGCGGUCUACCUGUGGAGUGACGAGUGGGUCUCUGCGUCUCCGGAGGGCGAGGGGGAAGCAGAGGAGGUGGCGGAGUGCGUUGGCGUGCCCGCGCGGAAGUUUGCGGCGGGGGCGCUGAGGUGGGCGCCGGACGGCCGGGGACUGGUGUUGCUGGACCGCGAGACGUUCUGCUGUGCGUUUGAGGUCGAGGAAGAGGCCGGAGACGUGCCGGUUCCCGGUUGAGCGGUGGACGAAUGCGUGUCAUGGUCCCUGUGUAUGAUUAGUGAAACCCCAGCCGUACGAUGGCGAUACGUUGUGAACUUCA